UAAGACAAAAAACGAAAUGGCGUCGUCAUGUCCAUUACUUAUCUGAUAUAUAUGUGGUAGCAAAGAGCUUAACCGGCAACACAUAUUUGUUAUAAAAUAAAACCAAUCAAUUGCACGUAAUUGAGCGACAAUUUAAAUAACAUUGCUGUGAGGAAUAGCAAAAUGAGCUUUGCUAGGAAUCUGUUGAAUAUCAUAAUACUCCUCUGUGUAUAUCUCAACAGGGGUUUUACAGAGGGAGCUCAAGAAAGAGAGAGUGGAAGAGUUGAUUAUCAUACAAUCCAGCUCAGCUCUCUUUCUCCUUCAUCCUCUUGUGUUCCUUCUUCAAAAGAAUAUGAUACCAAGUCGUCGCUGCGCGUGGUGCACAAGCACGGCGCGUGCUCGCCUCUCAGGAGCGGCAAAGCUGUUAAACUCGACCGUGCAGACAUCCUCAGACGCGACCAAGCACGAGUGGACUCUAUCCACUCAAAGCUGACAAAUAAUUUGGAAGACCGACUUACACAAACCGGUUUACCGGUUAAGGACGAGAGCAAGAGCAAGGAAGAUCUCGGUUCGGGGAGCUACAUCGUGACAAUCGGAAUCGGAACACCUACACACAACCAGCCACUGAUCAUAGACACUGGCAGCGAUUUGACGUGGACAAAGUGCAGGCAAUGCGGUAGAUCCCGUAGAUAUAUAAGUUUAGCUUGCAACUCUAAAAACAAAGACAUCUUUAAUCCUUCAUCGUCUACUUCCUUCAACACAGUAUCAUCUACAUCUCGAGUGUGUAGUGAUGAUAUCAGAUCCACAGAUAUUCCCUGUUCGGCGUCUCGUUGCUGCUACAGCAUCGACUACAAUGAUAACUCGUCUUCCGAGGGAUACCUCGCCGAGGAUAAAUUCACCGUAACGACCGCUGAUGUCUUCUCCGGCAUUCACUUUGGCUGCAGUGAAAAAGAGGCUAACAUUAACGACAACACUGCUGGACUACUCGGCCUUAGCAGCCACGUACUCUCAUUUCCUUCGCAGACAGCGAACAAGUACAAUAAUAUAUUCUCUUAUUGUUUCCCUUCUCCCGACAGAACCGGCCAUCUCACCUUCGGAUCCACUGGAAUCUCUAGUUCCGUCAAGUACACGCCGAUCAAAUCCUUACCAAAAACGCACUUAUAUGGUCUUGAUAUAGUAAGCAUCACCGUGGGAGGUAAGAAACUGGAGAUUCCAUCAACCGUGUUCUCACACCCUCGUGCUAUAAUCGACUCCGGCACUGUGAUCACUCGCCUCCCUCCCAAGGCCUAUGCAGCAUUGCGAGGCGCGUUUAAGGAAAACAUGAAGAACUACACGACUGCAUCCGCGGUAGAACUCUUGGACACGUGUUACGAUCCCAAAGGUUUCGACACGAUGUCUGUCCCGAAAGUUUCGUUCUCCUUCGGAGGCGGCACCACCGUGGAACUUGGCUUAAAUGGGAUUUUGUAUCCGUUGAAUGCAUCGCAUGUUUGCUUGGCGUUUGCAGGCAAUGGCAACGAUGGUGACUUAGCCAUCUUUGGGAGCGUCCAGCAAAUGACGCUACAAGUUGUGUAUGAUAGGGCGGGUGGACGGAUAGGUUUUGCUCAGAAUGGUUGUAGUUAAAAAGAGAGGAAAAAAUGGUUACACUUAUUUUAAGGAUUUGGCACAAUCAUUAAAUAUUAUUUAAGCGUGUAAUUUGAGUGAGCGAGUGAUAGAUUGAUAAGUAUAUUUAUUAAACAGUUUUACAUGUAUAUUACAAAAUAACAAUUACUGAAAAUAUAUAAUAAUCAUAUCUUUAAAAAUA